ACUACUCACUCGUGUUACUAGCAAGAACGGCCUGCACUGGUGUGAUAGAGGGAUGGUGCUCAGCACCUCCUUUAAAACCCCCAUGUUGAGAAUCAGGUGCCGAGUCACGACACCUGUUCUACAAACGGGGACUUUGUGGUGCCAUGCAUCGGUGUGGUCAGCCAUACGUGGAGUUUUAUAUAUACUGCAUGAGUUUUGAAAGGAGCUGCUGACUAUGUUGUAUGGCUAAUAGUCCGGUUUCCCGAUGUUCCUGGCUGUGCUGCGUUCAAGAACCUGAUGCUGAAGCUACGCCUUGUUGUAAAAGGUCAGUUCUAUACAGCCCGAGACAUACUCGUCUUCUUUGGGCUCCCAGGUCGAUGAAACUCUGUCAUUUCCCGUGCCAACCCUGCCACCAUCAAAGAGGUGGAUGUUGUUAGCCAUGAACGACGACUUGAGGAGGAUAUAAACUGGUAUGGGUAAGCUAGUGGCGCCUUUCCUCGAGAGCGAGCUUCUCGCGAAGUUCCUCGUUUUCGAUGAUGAGGGGUUAGUUCUCCUCACGGAGCUGAUCGUUCUGUUCGUUCACGUAUGCAUUGUCCUCCUCGAUCAUGCAAGCGGGUAUAGGUCUGUCUCUAAAAGACCCCCCAGAAGAUACUGAUCAGGGAUUUAUAUGUCGAUCUUGCAUUGUCUCAUUGAUGAAAUACAUGGUUUAGUAUAUAUGAUAAAG